AUGAUUGGAUAUCUGUCGUCAAUCAACGCUUCACAAAGCAUGAAGAUGCUUCGAGAAGAACUCGAAGUCCCCCAAUCCUUCACCGAAGCUUCAGUCAAGAAGUACGAAGGACUACUGGAAAGGAAAUGGACCAGUAAUGCACGACUCCAGAAGAAAAUAAUGGACCUCGAAUCCCAACUAUCAGCCCUCCAAACCCGACUCACCCACGCAAACCCGGACUCCAAAGACCCUAAAACAUGGCUCCCAGGCCCAGCAAUGCACACCCUCCAAUCCCACCGCAGCGCCAUAACCGAUAUAGCACUCCACCCAAUCCACAGUACCCUUGCCUCCUCCUCGGACGACAGUAGCAUCAAAAUCUGGGACCAAGAAUCCGGCGACCUCGAAAAGACCCUCCGGGGCCACAUCCGUAGCUCCAACGGCGUCGAUUUUGGCGGCUUCCCCGACACAGUACUUGCCUCCUGUUCCAGCGACCUGACAAUCAAGAUCUGGGACCCGGCGAACGGGUACGCGAAUGUUCGAACGUUAUCGGGGCAUGAGCAUUCGGUGACUAGUGUGCGGUUUUUAAAGAAGGGUGGGAAUUUACUAGUAUCUGCGAGUCGGGAUGGGAGUGUGAGGAUUUGGGAUGUUGGAUCGGGGUUCUGUGUUCGGGUUUUGUAUGCUAGGGAUUGGAUUUAUGCGGUUUGUCCUUCUGGGGAUGGGAGGUGGAUUGUUUCCGGGGGACGGGAUAGAGGUGCCACGAUUUGGGAUCUGGGGUCCGGUAGUGUGAAGGCUAUGUUGGAUGGGCAUGAGCAUUAUGUUGAGUGUUGUGUUUUUGCCCCGGUGGCGAGUUAUGGGGCUUUGGCGAAGAUGGCCGGGGUCAAGCGGCCGGAUUCGGGGAGUUUGGGGGGAGUUUGUGGCUACGGGGUCGCGGGAUAA